AUGAGCACGUGGUGUGCAGAUUUCAGGAAAUCCUCUUGCGAUUCAUACUCUUCGGGAGGACUCUCUGGCAGGCCUUGUCCAUGACCCAACUGAAUGUGGUAGCUAGAUUCAGUAUUUUUAUACUAGUGUAGAAGUCUGCUGUGUUUAACUACUUACGUUCUCAGCAGCAGCUCUCAGAACGGACCAGUCGAUCCUGGGUAUCAUUCUCGUGAUAAAGUUGGGGUUGAAGUCAAUCUGUCUCACCUCCACCUUCCUCGCCUGAAAACAGAGACACGCACGAACAGGGAAACGUUCCAAGGCACUAGUACAACGAGUUGGCCUACCAGUAUUCUCAGAGGGAAGCCGUUCUUGACUCCCUUGACGUGGGACGUGAGCAUGUUGUGAGUCAACAGCUUCAUGAUGAUGACGACGGCUGAAGCGACACACGUGUGCACUUCGACCUUUACAAUACGGCGGAGAUGAAUUCGCUAGGAGGCCGGUGGUACCGUUUCAGACUGUUUGUCGCUCGAAACACCAUUCCUAUGGUGUGGAUAUGGGCAGGAACCAUGCUCUGCGGCCUCGGCACCGUCUAUUACCGUCUCCGCAAAGGAGAAGACAUCACAAUCUCGCUCCAGGACGUACGCAUGCAUCCUAACCCAGAUACCUUACACACCAUCCACGGCUGGAUCAAGAAACUUGGUUUGGAUCAGGUAAGCCUCACAGCAUAUCCACCUAACCUCUUAAUCUUCCCUCUCCAUCCUCAAGACUACAGACAACCCAAAGAAAAGAUAGCCAAGCAACUCCAAACACAUUACAUGUAUCCCAGAAUAGACACACAAAUGAUAGAUCCC